UUUCAGGUUUCAAUUCUCCCAGGACCUCAAGACAUCGCAGCUUGUGAGGUGCGGCUGUCGACUCCGCCUCUGCACCCCAAUCAAGGCAGCUAGCGAAAGACAAUUUCAAACCCAGGGCUGCGCACUUGGCCCGCCCUCGACCGAGGUUGAACGCGGCGGCGGAGACGGCUUCCAGGCUGUGCUAGCUGGGCGAGCUAGGAGGCGGCGAUCACAGCUGGGCUGGGACUUCCUUCCUCCACCGCAGGACAACAAAACAACCGAGAGCCGGCACUGAGCUCUUGGCAGCUGUCUGAGCGAGACUCGCAGCGAUGGGCUCCCUGCUGAGCAGCGACAGCAACAAAUCCUCGCCAGCCUCUGCCACCCCACGGGCGGUGGAGCGCAAGGGGGACCCCGAACUGCCCGUUACGUCCUUCGACUGCUCCGUGUGCCUUGAGGUGUUGCACCAACCCGUCCGGACCCGCUGUGGACACGUAUUCUGCCGUUCCUGUAUUGCUACCAGUUUAAAGAACAACAAGUGGACCUGUCCAUAUUGCCGGGCAUAUCUUCCUUCAGAAGGAGUUCCAGCAACUGAUGUGGCCAAAAGAAUGAAAUCAGAGUACCAGAAUUGCACUGAGUGUGACACCCUGGUUUGCCUCAGUGAAAUGAGGGCUCACAUAAGGACUUGUCAGAAGUAUAUCGAUAAGUAUGGACCACUACAAGAACUUGGAGAGACAGCAACAAGGUGUGUAUGUCCGUUUUGUCAGAGGGAACUGGAUGAAGACAGUUUGUUGGAUCAUUGUAUUACUCAUCACAGAUCAGAAAGGAGACCGGUGUUCUGUCCACUUUGCCGUUUGAUACCCAAUGAGAAUCCAAGCAGCUUCAAUGGCAGUUUAAUAAGACACCUGCAAGUUAGCCACACUUUGUUCUAUGACGAUUUCAUAGAUUUUAAUAUAAUUGAGGAAGCUCUUAUCCGAAGAGUCUUAGACCGGUCACUUCUUGAAUAUGUGAAUCACUCGAACACCACAUAAUUUUAUUAAGAGGAAGGGGAAAGGGACCACUCAAUAGCAACAUUUAAAAUGCUGCUUGAACAAUUGGAGGGAAGUUGUCAAGGUUUGAUGGAGAAAAAUGUAUAACCCAGUUAUAUGUUUGUCCAUUCUUAUUGUUAUAGUGCAUUCAAAAACUGCUUUCAUUUUGAUGGUUUAAGUCUGUUUUUCAUUCUUGAGUUUCUCAGACAUUUAACAAGAAAUAGUCUCUGUCCGUCAUUAAUUAUGGAAGAAAUACAGGCUGAGUAUGUAGGUGGAGGAUCUCUAUUUGUGAAAGGGAUGACAUCAUUUGGAAUGCGACAUUCAUAGUUAGGCAAGACAACUGAUCUUUGUUCUAUGUAAAAAGAGGAAGAGUGGAACAAAGUGUAGACACUCAAGAAAUAUGAAAUCUGUUCCAAUGAUUUUUUUUCUAAUCUUUAAUAAAAUAACAUGAUAAUCUUGUAUGGGAGUAGGAAAGGAAAUUUUGGUGUCAGCAGUCCAUUUAACAGAUAUUCUAUAACAGAUAUUACAUAAUACUAUAACAAUAAAUUCUGUGUUAGAAACGUAUGUAAUUCCUUGACUUGUUAUAUCUGAACACAUAAGAAUUUAUUAUUAUAUUUUUUAAAUAUUUGUAGCUUAUUAUUUAGAAAUUUCUAUAAUAUAGAUAAUUUCUUAAGAAUCAUCAGUUGAUAUUUACAGUAAAAGGAUUUAUACCCAUCAUUUUUAAUAGAAACCCUAAGGGCUUUAUUUUAAAUUUUAACCUUUUAAAAUUAUAAAAUAAAACACCAAUGCUGAAAAACAGACACAAAAUUUAUAGCUAAUGCAUUAUUGUAAGAAAUAUUCUUUUAGAACUCUGCUAGUCAACCCAUUUGUCCUCUUGUAUCACAAUUGCAAUCCCGUAAAAGCAGCCACUACACUGAUUUUUACAAUAAUGACUUUCCUGCAUUUUGAAUAAUUUAAUCACCUAGGGCAUAUCUUUCUAUUUUAAUCUUAUUCAUUUAAAAUUGUUUCAUUUGAUUUAUAUUUCACAGGGACUGGAGCCAUAGCUCAGCAGUGGAACACUUGCCUAGCUUGCUAAAGGCCCUGAGUUCAAUCCUCAGCACUGUAAACAAACAAAAACAAGAUAUAUGUUUCAUACUUCUCUUUGAUCUGUAGGUUCCUCCUUCAUUCCUUUUUUUUUUCCUUAAAGUUUCCUUGAUGAAGAACCUGACUUAGAGAGAUUCCCACAAUUUGUAUUUUACUGAUUGAAUAUUCAUGACACAACUCAAUAGAUGCCUCUGAAUAUUGGCACAUGGAUCCAGAGUUUUGAUUAGACUCAAGUUUGCUCUUUUUUGCAAGAUUUUGAGUCAUGGUACGUUCUUUCAUCAGACGGCACCUGCUUUUUCCCCCUUUAUUUAUUCAUAUAUGUUGCAGACUGAGGAUUGAACCCAGGGCCUCAUGAAUGCUAUUCAAGUGUUCUACCACUGAACUAUAUCCCCAGAUCUAUUUUUAGAUCUUAUUUCAAGUCAGGGUCUUGCUAAGUUGCCCAGCCGACCUCAAGCUUGCAAUCCUCCUGCCUCAAACUCCCAAGUAGCUUGGAUUACAGGCAUGCACCACAUACUUGGCUUUUUUUUCCCCUUUUAUGUACCAGUUUUCGAGAUGAUAAAGGUGUUUAUUAUCUUCCAGAAAUCACUUUUUAAAAAAAGUAUUAUGGAGUAAUAUAUUUAAACAUAUUUGAUGGGCUUCAGUGCAUUACAAAUAUAACUGUAUAGAGACUCUGGUUGUUUAAUUUUUGGCCAUUAAGAGCCUAGUCAAGACAGUUCUGAGACCUUUUGACACUUUAAUGGAUUCUUUGCUGUCCUAUAUGACAAGAUACUUCAGGGUGAACAUGUAUGUGAACUUGUAUGUUUCCUGCUCCAGACUUUGAAUCAGUCAUUUCUUUAAGGGCCUGUUUUUUUGCUGUGAGAAAUGGUAUUUCAAACCAUACUGUGAACUCUAAGGAUGCUCCUUGCUACUAGAUUGGUCAUUGUUUCAAGGAGAGAGCUAGGAAUUAUCUGUAUGUUUUUAAAGAUAAAACACUUGAUAAGUUUCUUUGCUACUUCCAAAUAAAAUUUGGUAGUAUAGGGUUUUUACCUAAAUUUUCUAUUCCAAGAAUAUUCUGUACUUCCCUACUAAAAAUCUUGUUUUUCUGGGCUGGGGUUGUGGCUCAAAUGGUAGAGUACUCACCUAGCACACAUGAGGCACUGGGUUUGAUCCUCAGCACCACAUAAAAAAAAUAAAGUUGUUGUGUCCACCUAAAACUAAAAAAUAAAUAUUAAAAAAAUCUUGGUUUUCAAGGACACAGAACAUGAUAGAAUAAACCAUGAUUACCUACUUCUUUAUUUACCUUUUACAUGCAACUGUGUCAGAAUAACAAUACUAAUGCAAUCAUAACCAAUAUCAUAACCACAACAACAAAAAAUGUAUUUGCUCUCCCCAUUUUCCCUCUUAAAAAGUUGUAUUAUGUCAACAUUUUUAUAACAUUGGUAUAUAUAUUUUAGUUUCUCCCUUUUAUCUCCAAUUUAGUCUUGCCUCUUCAAGUAAUGAUAUAUUUAACAUUUGCUACCAUUUUUCAUUCAAUGUACUAUUUUUCAUAUCUGGCUCUUUUAGUGACACUUCUAGGACGUAGAUUAAUAUUCCAAUCUUGAAAGGAAGAAAAGAUGCAAAUAAAGAUUAGUGGUAUCAACUCCUGAAGAUAAAAUGUUAUUUGACUUAGAGUUAGCUUGUAAUUAUAAUCACUUAAUUUAAUUAUAGUCACUGAUAAAUUUACUUUUCUCCUUGGACAUAAAUAUAAUCAUACUCAUGGUACCCCAAAUUUUCUAUAGCAAGUUACCCCUAACUCACUAAGUCUUGCUACUGUUUUUCCAAUUAGUACAAGGUAAUUGGAAAAAUGUAAAGCCAAAUAAAGUCUAUAGGGCUUCAUGUCCUCAUUUUACUUUUUAUUUUUUUGAUAGUGCUAGGGGUCAAACCCAGGGCCUCAUGCACCUAAUCACGUGCUCUGCCACUGGAACUGUACCCAGCCACAUCCUGCAUUUUAGAUAAUGAUUUCAAACUUUCUUUCACAGUUGCUAGCAAGUAACAACAGAUUUUUAGUUUCACAACCUCUCUUCCUCUAAUUUGGAUGGUUCACAUAAUAAAGCAAAACCUGUUGGACAACAAGAACAAGAAGAGAGGAAUUACUUAGAAAUAAUCAUUGAACUGAAAAUCUAGCCCUUGAAAAGUAGAACAUAUUUCUGAGCAUUAGUAACUAAUAUCCAGACAAUAACUUUGUUAAUUCAGAGCAGUACAAAAGUCAUAUUUAUAUCUGUAAAAUUUGAUUUUAAAAAACAUAAACUUUAAAAAAUCUGUCUUUUAAGUAAAGCUUUAAGUCCUCUCCCACUAUUAACCUCAGUGCAAUUCUGAAUCCUGACCCUGAAUUCCUCUAUUGAUUCUCUUGCCACCUACAGGACAGAUUAGGUGCUGGCCACCUGCAUUAUUCUGUGUUCUGAAUUAUUUUGAGUUUUAAAAUGUUGAAGUGCAAAUAUUCAUUGUUUCACUGUGCCUUUGGUCUUUUUUAAGAGGAGUGCAUCAUUCAUUGUUUUAAAAUAACCAAUAUUUGAAGUUGCUGACUACCAACAAAAUUUCACUUGCUUUUUAAAAGUGCCUCAGGCUACAGCUUUUUCAAGGUUGUAUAAGGGAAAAACUGAUUCACAUGUUAUUCUUCCAGAGCUAAAUUCUAACCUAUGAAAGCCUAUGGGAUUUCUUUUUCGUAUGUUUUUUUCACUCAGAUUUCUAAAAUGUAGGUGGAACACCUGGACUAAUUGUACAUACAUGGUAAAGACAGAGCUCCAUGUCAGAUCUUCUAGGAGAUUCUAUCUCCAGUGAUGUUGUUUGGUUAUUGUUACGGGGUGCUAAAUGUCUUCCAUUAUGAAGUGAGCUUAUUCCAGUUUUUAAAUGUUUAUCAUGUCAUAAUUGUAUUCUCAAACACUGAUGGUAUUUUAAAAAGUACUAAGGAAUUCAUUCUUUUAUUAUUCAACUGUAAAAAACAUCUGUAUAAUGGUCAGAAUUUAAAAUGUACAAUUCUUUUUCUUUUGAAAAUUGUAUUAUUAUGGGAAAUAAAGAAUGGCAGGACCAUUGUUUUCAUUAAAAUA